AUGGGAUUUCACAAGGCUUUGUCUUUGUGGAUUUUAAAUUUGGCAUGGAUCAUUUUUUCUUUUCAUGUAUGUCAUGGCGACUUGAGCUACUCGGUACCAGAGGAGACAAAUAAAGGAUAUGUGGUUGGAAAUAUAGCGAAGGAUCUUGGGCUUGAUGCAAAGACUCUUUCUUACCGUGAGUCUCGUUUGGAUACGGAGGACAAUGACAAACGCUUCUGCGACAUAAAUCAACAAACUGGCGAGCUUUUUAUAAUUGAUAUAAUUGACCGCGAGGAGCUAUGCGGAUCUAAAAUAUCGUGCAAUCUGAAGUACGAACUCGUAUUAGAAAAUCCACUCGAGCUACAUCAAGUGUCUCUCCACAUUGAAGACAUAAAUGACAACUCACCUGUUUUUCCAAAGGACGAGAUUAGACUAGAAAUAGCGGAAUCUGCAGUUAAAGGUGCAAGAUUUCCUUUAGACGAGGCACAUGACGCUGAUGUAGGCCGAAACGGUAUACAGAGCUACUCACUGGAGAAGAAUGACCAUUUUACGCUAGCUGUGCAUUCCAAUUCUGAUGGUGGAAAAUACAGUGAAUUGAUUUUGGAUAAAGAGCUGGAUCGUGAGCAACAGCAGGAACUUGCUCUGCUGCUCACGGUUACUGAUGGGGGUGUUCCGCAGAGAUCCGGUACAGUCUCCGUACAUGUCACUGUAUUGGAUGCUAACGAUAAUUUGCCAGUGUUCACUCAACAAAUAUAUGAGGUGAACCUUCUUGAAAAUUCACCUUUAGGCACUGUAAUUGUUACGGUGAGUGCAACAGAUGCAGACGAAGGAGCAAAUGGCGAGGUUACAUAUGAAUUCAAUCGUAUAUCUGAUAAAGCAGCCAGGCUCUUUUCAAUAGAUAGAGUUAGUGGAGAAAUUAAGGUAACUGGACCCAUUGACUUUGAAGAAAAAAGGGAACAUGAAAUACGUGUUCAGGCAAAAGAUGGUGCUGGGCUAGCCUCUACUGCUAAAGUUAUUAUAAAUAUUGUGGAUGUCAAUGACAAUGCGCCAGUUAUAUUUCUGAAGUCAUUCAAGAAUCAUGUUUUGGAACACGCUUUGCCUGGCACAGAGGUGGGCAUGAUAUAUGUGCAAGAUAAGGAUUCAGAGGGAAAUAGGCAGGUCCGCUGUGCUAUUCAGCAAAAUGUGCCAUUUAAAUUAACUCCAUCUAUUAAGAAUUAUUACUCACUAGUUACCACAGCGGAACUUGAUCGUGAACUUGUCAGUGAUUAUAACCUUACUAUUAUGGCUACUGAUGAAGGCAAUCCGCCACUGUCUUCGUCCAAGACAAUACAUCUGAGUGUAUCUGAUAUCAAUGAUAAUGCACCUGUAUUUGAACAUCAGUCCUAUAGUGCAUAUGUGACUGAGAAUAACAAGCCUGACUCCUCUGUCUGCUCUGUUACUGCAAGAGACCCAGACUGGAGACAGAAUGGCACAGUGUUCUACUCUCUGUUGCCCAGUGAGGUCAAUGGUGUUCCGGUCUCCUCAUAUGUAUCCAUUAAUGGAGACACAGGGGUGAUCCAUGCUCUGAGGGCCUUUGACUAUGAGCAGUUCAGAAGCUUCAAAGUUCAGGUUGUAGCCAGAGACAAUGGUUCUCCUCCACUCAGCAGCAACGUGACUGUGAGUGUGUUCAUAACAGAUGAGAAUGAUAACUCUCCUCAGAUAUUGUACCCUACUCCAGAAGGAAACUCCUUCAUGACUGAGAUGGUUCCUAAAGCUGCUCUUUCUGGCUCGCUGGUCUCCAAAGUGAUCGCUGUUGAUGCUGACUCUGGACAGAACGCGUGGCUGUCGUAUCAGAUCGUGAAGUCGACUGAUCCGGGACUUUUCACUAUUGGUCUCCACAGUGGAGAGAUCAGGGCUCAGAGGGACAUUUCUGAAUCUGACAGCAUGAAGCAGAACCUUGUGAUCUCAGUGAAAGAUAACGGACAACCCUCUCUCUCUACAACAUGUGCCGUAUAUUUACUAAUCUCUGACAACUUGGCUGAAGUUCCUGAACUGAAAGACAUGUCUUAUGAGGAGAGCAAUUCUAAACUCACAUCUUAUCUGAUCAUUGCUCUGGUGUCUGUUUCCACAUUUUUCCUCACUUUUAUUAUCCUGAUCAUUGCUGUGAGGUUGUGUCACAGGAGAAAGCCCAGACUGUUGUUUGAUGGAGCAGUAGCCAUUCCCAGUGCAUAUUUACCUCCCAACUAUGCAGAUGUUGAUGGAACUGGAACUCUCCGUAGUGCUUACAACUAUGACGCCUAUAUGACCACAGGGUCACGUACCAGUGACUUCAAGUUUGUUACGUCCUACAAUGACAACACUCUGCCUUCUGGCACCACUCUGAAGAGGAGUCCAGGAGACAACAGUGACUGUCUUGACUUUUUUGAGGAGGCAUCAAAGUGCUCCACUCUGUUCUACAGCGCAUAUGUGACUGAGAACAACAAGCCUGACUCCUCUCUGUGUUCUGUUACUGCGAGAGACCCAGACUGGAGACAGAAUGGCACAGUGUUCUACUCUCUGUUGCCCAGUGAGGUCAAUAGUGUUCCGGUCUCCUCAUAUGUAUCCAUUAAUGGAGACACAGGGGUGAUCCAUGCUCUGAGGGCCUUUGACUAUGAGCAGUUCAGAAGCUUCAAAGUUCAGGUUGUAGCCAGAGACAAUGGUUCUCCUCCACUCAGCAGCAACGUGACUGUGAGUGUGUUCAUAACAGAUGAGAAUGAUAACUCUCCUCAGAUAUUGUACCCUACUCCAGAAGGAAACUCCUUCAUGACUGAGAUGGUUCCUAAAGCUGCUCUUUCUGGCUCGCUGGUCUCCAAAGUGAUCGCUGUUGAUGCUGACUCUGGACAGAACGCGUGGCUGUCGUAUCAGAUCGUGAAGUCGACUGAUCCGGGACUUUUCACUAUUGGUCUCCACAGUGGAGAGAUCAGGGCUCAGAGGGACAUUUCUGAAUCUGACAGCAUGAAGCAGAACCUUGUGAUCUCAGUGAAAGAUAACGGACAGCCCUCUCUCUCUACAACCUGUGCCGUAUAUUUACUCAUCUCUGAUAACUUGGCUGAAGUUCCUGAACUGAAAGACAUGUCUUAUGAGGAGAGCAAUUCUAAACUCACAUCUUAUCUGAUCAUUGCUCUGGUGUCUGUAUCCACAUUUUUCCUCACUUUCAUCAUUCUGAUUGUGGCCAUACGGAUUUGUCACAGGAGAAAGCCCAGACUGUUGUUUGAUGGAGCAGUAGCCAUUCCCAGUGCAUAUUUACCUCCCAACUAUGCAGAUGUUGAUGGAACUGGAACUCUCCGUAGUGCUUACAACUAUGACGCCUAUAUGACCACAGGGUCACGUACCAGUGACUUCAAGUUUGUUACGUCCUACAAUGACAACACUCUGCCUUCUGGCACCACUCUGAAGAGGAGUCCAGGAGACAACAGUGACUGUCUCAACUUCACUUCACUUGACUUCACUGAGAAUGGAUCUAAAUUCUCCACUCUGGUAAAUAAUUGA